AUGCAGAACACAGAAGACUGCAGUUUAGGAACACCCUACAAAAUCGUAUUUUCCAAAAACAGGGCGCUGGGAGCCAGGGCGCGCCCCUGCCUUUCGCGUCCGGAGAACCGCCUCCGCCUCCGGAGGGAGUCCGUCCCAGUGAGGGCCGCUCCCAGCCCCGGCUCCCCGUCCGAAGACAGCAGUUCCGGGAACCGCGAUGACAGCAUCGAACUGGAGAUCAGGAAGUUUUGGCGGAAAAGGCCAAGCAGUAGUGUGCGCGCGGAGCCCGGGACCGGGGCGCCGACAGAGCGGGAGCGCGGGCGCAGAGGCACGGGGGACCUUUCACAGGAGCUGCGGGAGCCGGCGCUUCCCCGCCCCAGGCCGGGAGCUGAAAGGGGCUCUAGCGCCCAGGCCGACUGCGCCCUGACCGGGAGCCACUGCGCCCAGCGCAGCCCGAGGGCGCUGAGCUCGGAGGAUGCGGUGCGGGGUGGGGGUCUCGGGAGCAACAGAGACUGGGAUCCGAGGGCCCGGCCCGCGCUGCUGCCCACGCAGCGCUUCCACUUUGGACAGAGUGUCUCCCGCGCGGCGGGCCGGCCUCUCCAGCGCGCACCUGGGGCUGCCUUUGCAGGGCCACCCCCCGCCUCCAGGGAGGCCCAUGCUCGCCGGAGAGGAACGAUGGUGGGCCCUGGUCCAGCGGGAAGGCUGGAGGAACUCAGGUUCGGAGGAAAAAGUCUUUUAGACCUGGGCCAUCGACGAAGGCUCUCUAUGGGGACUACCAGGACCGGGACGCCGUGGGCAGACGCGCCAUGCCUUCUGUGCCACCUCCCUGGGGACCGCGCGUUAGCUCGUGGUGCAGGGCCGAGCCCUGGGACUGUGAGCGCGCGUCCCGUCUUCGUGCGCCCAUGGAAAGCGGCGUGUCCGUGCGUGCGUCCGCGCGCGUGUGUCGGCUGUGACCGCAGGGAGAGCAAACAGGCCGUUAUGCAUGUGUCCUGGUCAUAAAACCUUGGAAUGAU